UGUAGGUCAAGGUUUGUAAUUGGGGAGACUUUUGUCUAAUUGCGUAUGGUCAAAAAUAGGGAUAAGUGAAAAACAAUGUCGUUAAAAGCUUAUGAAGAUGCGUGCACCAGAGCCGAAUUAUUUGGCCAGCCUUUGCCGGACAGAGAAGAGUUUCUGGCAAGACACAAACAUUUGGAUGUCGUCGAAUUUGAGGAAGUGGAAAUAAAGACUGCAGAGAACACAGCCAUGUUGGAUGACGGCAUGAAAGAGGCGAGUGGUGGUCUGGCUGAGCUGAACACUAUACUAACGUCGACACAAACCAAGAUUAAUAAAUUAAAGGGCGUAUGUGGCAGUUUGACAAACUUCUUCCGCGUGAAACUGAUGACAAAAGACAACCUAUCAUACUCCAGCGACCCUAGUUACGUCGGACAAACGAAUUACGACAGAGAUUACGUCCCUUCCGUGGAAGUAGGCUCUAUAAACGACGGCCUUGGUCCCAAUGACAAUGAAAUGACACCGCGCGCGGGAAAUUCGAAAAAAGAUGGCGGCGAUAUAAUGUCCGCUUUAGACGAUUUGCAUAGAAUACAGAAAGUGGAAGAUACAGCUAUUGUUAGUACGGCUACGGUGAAAGAUAUUGGUAAGCAAAUAACUUCUCAGACUAGCAGGCUGGAUCAGAUGUUAAACCAAGCGGACAGGGCCGAGGCGUCGCUACAACACCAGAACAAACAGAUGAGAACGUUUUUGCGAUAAUUUAUAACAAUAACAACAUAAACAACAGUUUGUUGAACAUAUUCUUAUGCGAUCGUGCUCGUUUUGAUGACAAUUAAAACACAAAGCUGCAAUUAUUUAUCUAUAAUGAGUUAGUUACGAUUAAUUAUUGUAUUAAGUUUUAAUAAUGGCUGUGGUUGUCACAUAUUCAUUGUAUAAUGGGCACAUGAACGCUCUCCAUAAAGUUCUCUGUGAUGACUGCUGUGCAGUUUCUCAUUUGCAGCAGAAGAAACUUAAGUACCUAAUGAGACUAGAUAUUUUUUGGAUCAGGUACGAAAGUUAAUAACAAUGUUAAUAUUACUCUCGAAUUGGCUUAAAAAUUAAUGCACUUAGCUGAUUGAUAGAACUUUUAAUGCAUUGGAUAUUGAUGAAAGCGUUGGUAAAUGAUCUACUUACGACUUUUAUGAGGCCUAAGGUAAUAGAUGAGGUGGAAUAAAAUAGGUAUAAGACACGUACUAUCACCUAACAAUGUGAUAAGUCCAGUUUAAAAAAUGUUUGGGUGUAGAUCUUGUUGUUAUUGAAGUUUGAAUGAAGAAGUGAUGAGUGUUUCUUUACAAUUCCAGUAACUAAACUACCUAAGUACUGUUUGCACGCUAUAGAGCGUGCUUAUUGCUUAGAAUAAAAGCCCCUAACAUCCCCGCAUAACUCAUAACAUCCCUAGCGGAUAUCGGAUAUAUUGCGUAAGGUGAUGGAACCUUCUACGACUAGUUCUACGAGCACUUCGAAUCCAUCAUUUUCGGACUUGGAUCGGAUGUAG